ACCUCUUUUCUGCAGGCCAGGAAAUUGAUGACCACACUCUCCUUAACCUCUUAUCUUCUCUUCUUAUGAUCUAAAAAACGAAAAACAAUUAUAUUACUGUUGUUAUUAUUUUUGAAUUAUUUUUUAAUCUUUUAUACACAUAUUAAUCCCAUAUAAAUACAAGCUUUUAUCAACGGCUUCUUCACUUGGUUAUUAUAGGGUGGAUCGGCUCACAAAAAGCACCGGCCAUGCCAUGUAGAUCUUCUCUAUCAACAAAAAAGAAAGCACCAUCAGUGUAGACCAAGAGAGAAAGAAAGGAACAAAAAAAAGAAAAGAUCAGAGAGAGUGGGAAAAAUAUGGAGUUUGACGAGCACGAAGACCAAGAAGAAGAAAUGACGGGGAUGGCGGUGAUGCCACCGGGUUAUGACUCAAUUAGCAACUCAGUUGCUGCUCGGUCAAAAAUUGGUCCUGCAGGUGGUGGAGGAGAAGGUGCUUCAACAACAACGGCAAACACAAACACAAGAAAAUCUUCAAUCAGAUACAGAGAGUGUCAAAAAAACCAUGCGGUGGGAAUCGGUGGACACGCACUUGAUGGUUGUGGUGAAUUCAUGGCCGCGGGGGAUGAAGGUACUUUGGAUGCACUUAAAUGUGCAGCGUGUAAUUGCCACCGUAAUUUCCAUCGCAAAGAGUCUGGUGGAGGUGGAGGUGAGGUAAUAUUAUAUCACGGCCAUCACCACCAGCAACAGCCACAAUUCUCUCCUUACUAUCGUGCUCCACCACCGACUGGGUAUCUUCAUCACUUGACACCAACCCCGCAGUCAAGGCCACUAGCCUUGCCGGCUGCUUCUGGUGGGGGUGCUGCUGCUGCUGCUGGGUAUAGUAGGGAAGAGGAGGAUGUGUCUAAUCCGAGCAGUAGCGGUGGUGGUGGAGGAGGAGGCGGUAGUAGUUCAAAGAAGAGGCAUAGGACAAAGUUUACGCAGGAGCAGAAAGAAAAGAUGUUGGCUUUCGCGGAGAGUCUUGGUUGGAGAAUCCAGAAACACGAUGAGGCUGCUGUGGAGCAGUUUUGUGCGGAGACUGGGGUGAAGCGGCAUGUGCUCAAGGUCUGGAUGCAUAAUAACAAGCACACCCUUGGUAAGAAACCCUAAAAAAUUUUGGAACAUAAAAGACCAGCAUUUGUUAUCAUGGUCAUCUCCUUCUUCCAGGAACUGGUGAUUAGCUACUUACUUAUUGGUGUCAUGGAGAUACUGAGAAGUAGUCAUCACUAGUGCAAUUUGGAAAGGGAAUAUUGGAAAAGUUGUGAUGUCAAUUUAACUAGGGUUCUUAGCUAGUGGCAAUUUUUUAUUUUCUUUUGUUUUGUUUUAGUUUCUUCUCUCCUUUUAGUUUCAUCACGACUGUUAUUCUGAAUACGUUGUUGAUGAUGGGCCAUUGCUCAAAUCGCAGCAUCUUCUAACUGUACGUAGUUUCUUUCUUUAAUUUAAGCCUAUUUGAAACCUA